GGAGUGUUUCCUUGUGAGAGUGUGUUAUUCCUUUCUAAGGACAACGUGUGUGAGUGAGUGAGAGUGAGGACAGCCAGAGCCGGACUGCCUGCCCCCCCCCCCCCCAAUGCUUGAUGCCCCCGCCUUGGUUGGGGCUCUUUCUCAAGCCUUGUCUGUUUUGUAUUUGGGAGCAGCAUUUGGCGCGAUUCGCCGCAUUCUGCACUCACCAUGCCGUCUUCCUCUUCCUCUUCCUCUUCUUCUUCUUGCUGCUGCUAAUCCCCUCUCCUACGAGAAUCCCGAGAGAUUUUUGCCGUCAUUCCUUCGGGUUUCGAAGGUGGGAAGACCCCUCCCUGGGAUUCAAUCUUGAGGUUUCGAGAUCAAGGUGGGGGAAAGGGGGAAGUGUCUUGAUUUGAUCAAAGUGGGGCUGCAGAGGUGGUGGUGGUGAAAGGGAUUUUUUACUUGGUGCAAGGUGUCAUCCUCCGUCGUCAGUCGUAUUGGUUGCUGUCUCAAAGAAGUUUUGUUGUCUGUAUUGUAUUGUUAAGAAUUUUCAGGAAGUCGGCUGCGAGGUCUUGUCGCGACUGGGACCCCCCACUACGCGUCAUCCAGCCUUUUUAUUUGCUUGCCUAGCAAGCUUCCACUGUGUUUUAGAGCGGCACCUCCAUUCCGUUCUCGAGAUUUCAGUAUAUUGGAAUUCUAAGCUGUAACCAAGCGAAGCGCCCUCGGUGUGUGCAUGUGGAACCAUUUGGCGGCCAUUGUUGCGAAAGCUAUUUGGGAGGAGGCGCAAGGUUAACUGUCACCCCUUGUCCCAUUUCCCGCCCUCUAUUUCUAUCUCCUCGCUCACUUUUAGCGGUUUUUCGCGCCAUUGAUUUUGGCAUCUUCUCGCUUCAACUUUCUUCGAUGAGUGAUUGUGUCGUGCAAGAAAACCUGGAUAUGACCUGUAGAGAAGCCCGCCGCCGCAUCUUACAACAUAGUUCUAUUUUCUUGUUCCCUUGAACAGACAGACUUGGUCAUGGAAGCUUUCAACGAUCAGGCAAGGAACUGGGUGUCUUAUUGUAGAACCGUUGGUUAGUUCAUGCUUUUCUCUCGUAAUCUGACGAUGCUAUCAACCUUAUCAGUCCCCGGCCUGAGUGUGCAGUUCUAGUUCAUGUAAACACUUUUUGAGUUCGAACUCUCAGUUUCGGGCUCUUAUUUCUCCCCUUCGAGAGUGGUGUCGUGCCGAGCCUUAGCACGUAAAGGGCUUGAGCCUUUUCCUUUCCCCGGCGACGAGUUAGCAUAGUUUUUGGUCUCAUGCAUGCUGCCGGCCGGGUAGUUUCGAGGCUUUCAUUCGAAUUUAUUUCUUAUUUCUAGCGCGUCUGGGCGGUUUCUCUAUGCUCAAGGCACGGUUGUGACGGGUUUAUUGGUUUGUUUACAGGGUGGUACUGGAACCUUGAAAUCUUGACCCCUCACAAUAGGUUUCUCUCUCGCCGAAGGUUUGUAUGAUUUACUUGUCAAUCCUGGUGCCCCAGCUGCAACACCGCGCUCCGUCUUUGUCAGAACUCCUCCCUCCUCAUCUUGUGGUGAAAAAGCUCUGCCAUGGGCACACUCAUAAAAUUCAACUGUCUACUGGGAGGCUGACGAUUUGGCAGUCUUUGGAGGUUGUACUUAACCCUCUUUACUCUCCGAAAUCUACUUCUCAAGCCAACGUCUUUCUCAUCUUUUUCUCUGGGGAUUUUUCCUGAGCAUCUUGGACUUGAGCUCAGUCCUUGUAAACUACCGCACUUUGAGAUAUCCGAGGAGGGUACGACCUUGUCAAGGAACUUUUCGAGUCAGUGUUUUGAGCCCAGAAACCUGAGGUUUGGGCGCAUAUUCACUAGAGGGAUAUAUCUUUAUUUUCCUCAUACAGGAACACUAAUUGGUGUUCUUUUAUACCUAAAUUUUAGAUCACAAGGAGGCUUAGUAGGUCCUGAGGGAUUGAACAUACAGUGCGAAGAAAGCUAAUCAGCUGUGAGUUAGUUUGUAAAGCUGGCUUGUUUUCCUGGCUCAGGAACUGCCUUUAGCACUUCAGUUUGAUAAUCGUCAUAGCGUUGUCCCUGUUUCUUUAGAGGUCUUGGACAGUGGAAACCCCGAAGCCCGAAACCGGCGGGAACAGGAAUUUUUGUGGCACCAAAAUUUUGUAGUAGUUGUGGGUGGCUUUGUGCCCCCCAAAUCCGACAAGAUUGCGGGGUUAACUCACUCAGGACCGCUGGCGAGCCAGUAUUCAUUGUGGCUCUGGGACGGAAUUGGGGGUUCCGGCGACACUACCAAGGAGCGGAACUGGGUGACCAGCUCCGCUAAUCACAGUUGGUCCCUCCCCCCCACUGAUCAGAACUGGAGUUUGGCUGCAGCGGCGGCUCCCUAUUAUGAACGACAACAGCCCCAGAUGGGAAUCCUUGAGCGGCAAUCCAACCCGCCGGCUGCGUCUAAGGAGUUCAAACGGACUGUAGGCGACGGCCGGCGGGGUUCCAAGCAACAACAGUCUACAGGCGGGGAGCACAAAGGAUCACAGGUCGCCGAAUCCAAGCAGUUCUCAUCUGAGCAGAAGCAGCAACUCCCCGGCGAGAACAACAUGCCAGGCCCAACCGCACCCAAGACUGGUGUGUCCAACGGAAAUACCCAAUUCCAGGUCACCGUCAGCCACGAGAAGCGAUUUAAAUCGCUGCCAUCCGCUGAGGUCCUUCCCCGAAAUGUCACUCUGGGAGGUUACAUAUUUGUUUGCAAUAAUGACACCAUGCAAGAGGACCUUAAACGCCAGCUCUUCGGAUUACCACAACGUUACCGAGAUUCUGUACGCACUAUUCAACCAGGGCUUCCCCUUUUUCUGUACAAUUAUACUACACACCAGCUUCAUGGGAUAUUCGAGGCAGCAAGUUUUGGAGGCUCAAACAUAGACCCAACCGCCUGGGAAGACAAGAAAUGUCGAGGAGAAUCGAGAUUUCCUGCUCAGGUGCGGACUCGUAUUCGAAAGCAGUGUAAGCCUUUAGAAGAGGACUCAUUCAGGCCAGUGCUGCAUCACUAUGAUGGGCCCAAGUUCCGUCUUCAGCUCUCUGUUCCAGAGGCUGUGGAGCUGCUGGAUCUGUUCGAGGAGAAUGGAUCCCCUUAAGGGCUGGACCAUUAAUAAGGCCGGUUCCACGAGGAAACGUUUCGAAAUUGCCGUGUUACUGUUAUGGGUAGAGAGAAUGACGAGUCUUCCCUUUCUGUGGAUAUACCUUUUCUGUUGUUCUAAAGAUACAGGUACAUGGGUUUCAGUCUUUCGUAGAGAAAGUAGACAUCUAGAGAGAUUUUGAAGGAGAGAACCUCACGAGAGAGAGAGAGAGAGAGAGAGAGAGAGAUUGAGAGCGAGAGCCCACUUGACACAGACGUAAGCCUGUAAAAUUGUUCAACCUCCCCCUCCUUUAAAACUCUUCACCUUUUGGUAUAUUCUCGCCCUGGAUAUCACCCUCUGUAAUUUUCUACAUUUUGCUCCCAUUAUCUUUUCCAUCCUUUUUGUGGAAAAGAGGUAGUCACUUCUAUUGAUGUAGACCAAGUUACUACACUGAGCGCUUUGACCACAUCAUUCACAGGAUACGAUUUAUGUUCAAAUAAAAUAUCCACUCACAAUCAGUCA